UCCUUCGAAUCGGUUCAUAGACUUGUUUAACAUGUUCAGUUAUCUUACUUUCCUCUUCCACAUCCUCCUCUGUUUCUUCAUCCAUGGAAACGCUCAGACCUCAGUUUCAUACCCAUAUCGCAGUUGUUUACCCCACAAUUUCACCAAGAACACCGCCUAUCAGUUCAGCCUUGAUCUUCUCUCCAAUGAUUUCACCACCAUCGCCGCCGUCAAAACAUUCUACAGUACUUCCUUCGGCCAACCACCAGACUCCGUUUAUGGUCUCUUCCAGUGCCGUGGAGACGUCCAUAGCAACAUCUGUGAGAAUUGCGUGGCCGACGCUGCCAGAAACAUUCCCCUGUUCUGUCCCCUGAGUAAAGGCGCUGUUUUUUGGUACGAUGAAUGCAUAUUCCGUUACUCCGACAAUCCUUUCUUUUCCCAGUUGUCUAUAAAUGUGAGUUUCGCAUUACUGAAUACAGCUGAUAUAGACGUCGACAAGGUUCGAUUCAACAAACUAGUGAUGUCCUUAUUGACCGACACCGGAACUCGAGCAGCCGACAAUGCUUUGGUGAACGGAUCCUUCGCGACCCAGGUGGUUAAUUUCACAUCAGAUGUAACCCUUUAUGCAUUAGCACAGUGCACCGGCGAUCUGUCCACUCAGAGUUGCCGAGAAUGCUUAGCACAUGCUAUUGAGACUAUUCCGAGUUGUUGCACUAAUAAACGUGGUGGUAGAGCUCUGUUUCCGAGCUGUUAUGUUCGUUACGAGGUUUAUCAAUUUUUCAAUCUCGAGGUACAGCCUCCGGCAACUCCAACACCGCCGCUUCUUCCUCCUCCUCCUCCUCCUUCUCCGCCGCCGCCGCCCGAGAAAAGAAGAUUCCCAACGGUCACGAUUGUUGGCAUUGUGGUUUCAAUUACUGUCUCCAUAAUGCUUUUGGGGGGCUGGUGUUUCCUGCGCCGAAGGCCAAAGACGAAGAAACACUCAGUUGAUGAAAUGCCUACCGUUGAAUCUCUGCAAUUUGAUUUCAGUACAAUCCAUGCUGCUACUAACAAUUUCUCAGCGGAGUACAAACUGGGUGAAGGUGGAUUUGGUGCGGUCUACAAGGGUAGGCUCGAGGAGGGACAAGAGAUAGCAGUGAAAAGGUUAUCAAGAAGAUCUUCACAAGGUGUUGAAGAAUUCAAAAACGAAGUCAUGUUGCUUGCUAAACUUCAACAUAGAAAUCUAGUAAGGCUGUUGGGGUUUUGCUUGGAGGGUGAAGAAAAGAUACUCAUCUAUGAAUACAUUCCCAACAAAAGCCUAGACUAUUUCCUAUUUGACUUCGAUAGACAAAUCGAAUUGAAUUGGUUGAGCCGCUAUAAGAUCAUUAAUAACAUUGUUCGUGGAAUUCUGUAUCUACACGAAGAUUCUCGACUUAGAAUCAUUCAUCGUGAUCUUAAAGCUAGUAAUGUAUUACUAGACGAGGAUAUGAAUCCAAAAAUUUCCGACUUUGGUUUGGCAAGGAUUAUUCAAGUAAACCAAAAUCAAGAAACUUAUACCAACCGUGUCGUUGGUACCUUUGGUUAUAUGUCUCCUGAAUAUGCAAUGCAUGGGAUCUUCUCCACAAAAUCUGACGUGUAUAGCUUCAGAGUACUAACCUUAGAGAUUAUAAGUGGGAACAAAAACAACCGAUUUUAUCUAUCGGAGUUGGCGGAAAACAUGUUAACCUAUGCUUGGAAAGUAUGGAAAGAUGGAACACCAUUAGAAUUAUUGGACCCGAGUCUACAAAACAACUACUCAAGAGACGAGGUACUUAGAUGCAUCCAUAUUGCUUUAUUAUGUGUUCAAGAUGAUCCUAGUCGGAGACCUUCCAUGGCAUCUAUUGUUCUUAUGCUCAAUAGUUAUUCGGUUCCUUUGCCUUUGCCUAAAGAGCCAACAAAUUUCAUGCACAAUAUCGACAAUGGCAAUGUAAUAGAUAGCGAUCGGUCUAUGAUAAGUAAAUUUUUAUUGUUGUCUAUUAAUGAAAUGUCUGUAACUGAGUUUCAUCCACGAUGAAGAAAUAAUGACGGAUGAAAAUGUUGGAUAUCGAAGGUGCUCUCGACGUUGUAUGAGCCACAAAACGACUUAUUUGGAAGAUGAUGUAUGAUGGCU